ACAAUUUUUCAUCUACCAAAUAGUAUUAUACUAAGAAAAAUGAGGUUUUUGCAUGUGGCCCUAAUUCGAUGACCAAAAACGCGCCAUUAUUAACCUAAUCAAUCUUUCGUGUCAUUGGUCAUAAGUUAUUACUUGUUUGAUUACUUGGUGUGGUGUCAAAGUAAGCGAGGGUAGAUUUUCGAUAAACCGGCAUCGUGACGGUGGCAAAGAUGGUAUUGGUACCUCUUUUUAUCGGUGUUAGUAGACAUGGUUUAUAUCGGCGUCAUAAGUGGCCGUCUCGUAUGGUCAGUCUCGGAUUACGUCUGAGCUAACUUGAACGACAACACACCAUACAUCGGGUGACACACUUCAAGGUACCAGAGGUAUUCAAACAACGCAUCCGGUUUCAUUUUGGCGGGAAUUCUGAAGGUGUCACCCGUUGUACGAUUAAUCGACGCACACUUUUGCUCAGUCACGACCCAACGACCAUCUUAUUACCGCGAGUUUCAGAAAGAAGACCGAAACACAAUGGGGAGAUUUUGCAGCGCACCUCGAACAAUAAUAUUUUUUUCAUCGACGUCGAAACAGCAAUUAGAUCCUGGCACGAUGUUGUACUCCACAAAAGCAAGUAAUCUGCUCGAUGGCCGAUUGUUUCCCUGGACGUCGAUUCGAUACCAAUGAAACGGACCGCGAUGAAAUUACGAAGCAAAACAUGAACGACGACGUGGAAGCGAAAGCAAAAGCAAAACGUUUUAUAGAACUGCUAAUCACCGGAGCAGAAAAUGAAACAUUGUUCGUGGUAGCAAUUUGCGAGGAAAUUAAUUAAAUAGCAAUUUAACGCUUCCAGCAGCGUGUUAAAUUCAAGGUAUAUGAUAGGAUGCUGAAAAACAGGCCGAAUAAGUACAUUGUUACAUUUCAUUGUAUUCCAUCAUUGAUCUCGUUUGUUUCUUGCGGUUUCAUCUUUCACUUGAAACAGUAUGAUUACUUCCAUAUUAAAUUCUUUUUUUUUUUCAUUUUUGCCAUUUCUUGUUAAUAGUAGCUUAUUAUGAUAAUAAAAUAUCUAUAUAAAGUUAAUUUUGAAACCGAGUAAAAGGAUACAAUAAUUCUUUAUUAUUUUGUAAUUGGUCAAUGAUCCACACGCCUGAGGGCCUAUUACAAGGAAUCUUAACGUCCAAUAAAUAUACGGCUGCGGAGCAGGCAUCAACGUUCAUGGGGGGGAAUAAUAGCAACAAAAUAAUGUUACAAUCGAGUGAAAAGUCUUUGUCAUGUAAAGUGAUAUAAUCAGUAAGCUAUAAAGAAUUCACGGUCGUAAAGCAUUGUACGUAUCUUACUCAACGUUUAACUCUCAGCCGUGAUUCACGCGUAGUUUCUUGUUUAUGGAUCAAUAAAUCUGGCGGAGGGAAGAGAAAUGAAGGAAUAAAUGAAAUCUAACAUCGACCGUGACAUUUAAUGAAGUCACACCUCAGGGACUAGCGGUGUAAUUAUGGGCCUAUUCCUUUAUAAUCGUAUUGAUUUAUCGAGUUCCGUUUUGAUUGCUGAACGGACCACUUAAUCUGCGAUUAAGAAUAAUUAACUCGUCGUUUCUUCUUUUAUACGCUUUAAAGCAGAUGAAAAUGAAACUCUGUCGAAUGAUCUAAGAAAUAUUGGAACAAUAUUCAAAGAAGUUGAGUGGUCUGGAAACAGUGUAAGUUUGAAAGGUAAACGAGCCUGAGAAGGAAAGUUUGUUUUAGCAAUUCCCAGGCCUGGGAAGCAGGGAAAAGAAGCAGAGUUCUUCUUUUCCCAUAUGGACUCCUAAUCACGAAUCGCAUCGGCAGAUAUAGCGUGUACCACGAUGCGCACCCCGUUAAAUCUCAGGAUGGAAUCAAGGGAGCGCUGAUGGAGAGAAGGAGAGACACGGUGAAGAAGUCGGGGUUGCUGGGACGAGACAAAACGAGAUGGAAGAUGGAACCGUCCCAAGGAGAAACGGUGUAGCAAGGUAAGAGGAGGUGAUGGUCGUAUCGGUGGAGGUGGAUGAGGAGGAGGAGGAGGAGGAGGAGAUGGAGGAGCAGAACAGAAGGAGAAGGGGAGAGCGACAUUCCAGAAGGCGGCGGCGGCGGUGGUUCUCGUGGGAAACCAAAGAGAGAGAGAGGAGAGAGAUCUCGUCUCGAGGAGAGGUUGCGAGCCUUAAGGCACCGUUCUCAUCUCCAGACGCGCGACAAGACCGCGGAGAGACUCCUGCCGACAGUUGUCCAAUUUAUGAUUCAACACGAAUAAUUCAUCCCCUGCUCCAAUUACUUCUUCAGCAAUGCUACAAGAGUCCCAAUUUCUUUACUUUCAAAGACUUCGGCAGAUGGGCAUUUGCUAUUUAAUGAAAGUACUAAAAUACCUUGUUAGGUACGAAUAUUGGUAUCAAAAAACGAUAAGGAAGCGAGGUAACAGAAUUCCACGCAUCGUCAGACGAAAUUUAUCGUCCCGCUAACGAAACGACGUGUACGGGAAAUUGGAUACAGCAUUAUUCAGUGUUUCGAACUACGAGGAUAUUUAUGAGCGCACUUGAUAUAUAUUAGUAGCAAUAAAUGCAUGCGUUGCCUUCUUUUGUUUACACCUAGGCUAUUGCAUUAUUCUUUCCUGAUAAAGCCACGACAAUGCACGCCAGCUCUGUAACACGAUCACCUACAUCUACACGAAGGUGAUUACGAUAAAGAGUCCGAUUCUGACAAGGCAAGAGCUCGAGCAAUGCUUGAUUGAUCAGAUGAAACGUGUUGGAAUAAUAAUCCAUAGGUGGUAGGAUUUGGCUGAAGGAGUUAACAAGAUCUUCCAGAGGACUCUGUGAAUCGGCCCUUAGGGUUAAUCUUCACGAAGCUCGGGACAAGUGAUUUCAAGCCAAACGAAGAACACUCGAGGAGAGAGAGGAUGAUAUUAAACCCACGAGGUUUUCGAUCUUCGCGAAGUUCCCUCGAUAGUAAUCUUUUUACAUUCAAAUAAGAAAGAAAAAGGAUAUCGCUGACCCUGUAUUAAUUCAUUACAGAUUAAUUGGCAGGAGGAAUAUUUAUUUUAUUCUUUUUAAAUUGGUCAACUACUAAUGAAAAAAUAAUUUGUAGGUGCUUCAGGAUGGUGUCCACCAGUCCUCCCUUAAAAUUACAAAUGGCUAUAUGCAUCCUACAUGCAAAUGCGCUAUAAAUUGCACAGUGCAACCAGCCCGUUCAAAUAAAAGCUUGAUCACUCGGUAGCCAGGACAUUUCGAGUAACAGUCCUCUUAUCUCACAUACGGUUACUCGGAGCGCAAUGACAGCCCCAGUGACAACGGCUUGUCAUCAUCGUCGUGGGAUGUUGUAUGGUGGCAAUAAACGGGCUCAUUAUUGUUAUUACCGUCGUAAGUCAACGAAGGCGUCCGAAUGCGGCUCGUUAUAACACGAUAAUCGGUCAGCAAGCGUGUGCAUCGGUAUCGGCAACGACAUGCACGCGCUUGAUUACGCGAAAGGAUAACGUCCAACUAAACGGCGCUGAGAAACUCAACACCGAUUCACCAGCUGGAAUAUCCAUUUCUCUGACCGCUGACGUCGCACUACCGUCCACCCUGGAGCCUUGAUCCUUACUCCUGUACUCGAGUUUCCAAUAAAUACUUGACUGAGAAGAUCACUACUUCAAAUUAGUUAAUAGGAGACAUAAAUGUCUCUGUUCAAUUUUAAUCGUAGUUUACUUAAACCCUUUAAUGUACUAACUAAUGUUAAUUUUCAGGGGGAUCCUGAGCAAGAAGGAGGAGUGGUCUUCGCCUCCGGAUUCUCAUUCGAAGAGCCAAGGCACAUCGGGAUGUUAGCAGGACUACUCGGGAAAAGAGAGGUGCAACCGAAUGGUGCAAUGAACAUUUUGGACAAGGGUCAGAGGGAUCGGUGCAGGUUCAUAGGAACACCCUGUAUAAGGUAGGGCGCAGAGGCAGGCUGGUCCGCGAGAUGAGAAGAAGAAGGAGGGAAAAAGGUGGAGAGUUAAUUGAAUCCGAGCAGCGUAUAAGUGGAAUGGCCUAUUCCUCCUCUGGUUCGCUCCUCUUAUUCUUCUUUCUUCCCGCGUGCCUCUUCUCCUCCCCAUACCCUUGCUCUUCUACCAUGUCUCCCUUGCCUUGCCUCGCGCCGUCCUUCGUAGCUCCUUGUACCCCCUUCGGACGGGGUACCGAGCUGGAUCGGUAGGUGGAAGGACGCCGGAGGACGGAGGGAGGAAGCAUUCCUUUGUCUCUGCGCGCACGGACCUAGAUCAUAUAGUAUAUAUAAACGUGUAUAAUGUGCACGCGAAUGUGCAACAAUGUAUUGCGCGUGCUUGAGUGCAUUUGGAGCACGAAGCCCGUAACGAGGCACCGAGGAAUUUCGUGGCUGAACGAUACAUUAUGAAAUGCAUAACACCAGAGUUCAUUACUUUAACGUGAAUUUAUUUGACAAGAUGUUUUUUAUAAUAGGAGAAACAGAAUAUUUAUAUCUAAACUAAAAGGUUCAGUAUUUUGUUGGAAUUGAUUCGCCUAUCUCAGUAAUUGAUAGAGGAAGUUCAUAACAAAUGUUUCAACAUUGUUUUAAACUAUGUUUCCCAGAGUCCAAACGAUCCGUGUCUAAGAAUAAUUUUCUUUUAUGGUAUCCAGCUGCCAGAAAUCCUAUUUGUUCAACUGUAAAAAUGCAGAACUAAGUGGAUGACGUAAGUUGCGUUUACAUUGUCCAGAAGCACGGUACGCGGUCACAAGCGAUCACAAUACCGUACACGUGAAGCGUGUACUGUAAGACAUUCAUGGUACGACACAUUGCGAAGAAAAGCAGAGGGAGUUUGAACCCCACGCAGCAAGCGAAAUGUACCCGGAUCCGAAGCUGGUUCUACGCUACUUGUUUCCUGAAAAAGAUCGAUCGAUCGUUGUUCACCGCAGGAUCCAGGCAGAGCUACUUAGAUCGGUAAAAAAUCUUGUUGGAUUUCCGCGCGCUACCUGGACGGACGAUGAUUUUUGUCGAUGACAGUACUGCUGGCUUCUCACCGCGGGUGCUCUCCAGCACCCUUCGCACACACGCUCCGCGUAUUUGCGUACCCCGAAAUAGCCGUACCCUUCUCUCUGCUCCGUCAGACGGUGAGAGGAUGAGGAUGAGGACGCUGAAGAGGUGGACGAGGGACGGGAAGGUGGAGCGGAGCGUGUAUACCGCAAAACCAGUUCGCUGAAAUGAAAUUUUAUAGUCCGCCUGCGGAGCGGGAGGGACACUCGCGUCACCGAACAUACGUGGGAGCUGUGAUACAACGGGAACCUGGCCCCUUGGCUACGCUCCUGCCAGGACAAAUGCCUUUCCUGCCUCGAUCACUUCCAACUACUUCGAACCUACGACCCUGUAUGUCCUGAUAGCUGAAUCUAUUCAUGCAAGGAAUAGAAAUGGAUAAUAGUAAUAAAUCUACAUAGAUCACGAAUUCGAAGAGGAGUUGGAAUUUUCAACGUUGAAGAAUUAAUGAAAUUAAUGUCUGGAGGUGUUCGAAUUACAAGAAGGAAGCUUACCGAGAAAUCUGACGAUUAUUUUCUCCGAAAUCGUUCUCGGUUUCCAACACGGUCUCGAGCGAAAGCCCAGCGGGUGGCUCGCGUCACGAGAAUGCAGCUCGCAGCGGCGAAGCUCAUUACGUUGGCGUGUGCGUAAGAACUUCGUACACGCGAUGUAAUCGCGGCGGUGAAACUGACGCGGCGAGUCUCACGCAGCACGGGUCAUCAUGUCGGUGAUAAAAGGAGCGAGUCGAGUGUUCAUCUGGUCUCUCGCAAGAUCGCACGGAGAUUACGUCUCGUACGGCAGCCGCUCAAGUGUCGCAGUUGCACGUCGUUAAUGCGAGGCAGGUGCUAACGCGGUGAGAAAGAGAAGACAGGGGAGAGAAGGUGGCGGUGAAGGAGAAAAGAGAAGAUGCGCCCGGAUCCCGUCCUCCCCCUAAUUGACAAAUUGGAAUCUUAUUAGAAGCUCGUGAUGCCGGAGGUACCCCGAGGCAGGAGGAGCCUCGAGGCGCUCUCCCUAGCUGCCCAAGAGUUCGCCGUUCGAGACACGGCUACGUGCCCGUCUCUCCUUUCUCCUGUCGGUUCCCUCCUCCCUGCGUCGCCGCAGCACGGUCCGCGCUGUCUCUUGGCUCGGUCCGGGCCCGCGAAGAUGAGCUGGCCCCGAAGAAGAAGAAGAACAGCGAAAGGUGGAGGUGCUGACAGUGGCACCGAUCCGGCGUCGCGUCGCGUCCCGUCCAGUCGUCUCGCUUUUUCGCCUCCCCUCGAGUUCUCCUCGGAUUAUUAAUCCACUGACGAGAGAGGAUCCGUGGCGUUCGCGGAGAUUAUGGGCCGAGAGCACGAUCAAGGUGCUGCUACGUUAACAAGCAUCAAUAGGCCGACGGGACGAAGAGGGAUCAGCAUCGUAAAACGUGAUUCUCAGGAUGAAAGAUCGCGCUUUCCUGUGUCCUUUACCUGUACCCGUACCUCCUUAGCCAUAAUGAUGCGGCCAGUACCUUGUGGUAACUGAUGUGUGAGAUUCAUCAGAUCCCUUAGGACACUUAGGGACACGACGUCUACAAGUUUUGAAGCAGUUCAUCUACCUAAAGUACCAGACGCCGAGUUUCAUCGGUUCAACAGUCGGUAGACUCAACAGGAUAUCCGAUCGAACAUCAUGGAUGUAAGAGAAUUUCCAGGGUAAUCAACACCGACGCACGAUGGAAAUUUCAAGUGGUGUAGGCGGGAGAGGCCUGCAAAAGCGAUCGAGCGUGAUUAUCCCGCAUCUACAAGAAAUGGAGAAGCAAUUCUUCGAGUUGGUAGCCAACGGGAAUGUUUCCGACGUGAGGCAAUUUCUCGAGACCCAUCCGGACUUCAACAUCAAUGUUUCCGACUUCCAAGGUGUCACCGCGCUUCACAUCGCUGUUCACGAGAGGAAUAUGCCGAUGGUGGAGUAUCUGCUGUCCUAUCCCGACAUCGACCCAGGCGACACGCACCUCCACGCGAUCCGGGACAACGAACAGAAGAUCGCCGUGAUUAUUCUAAACAAACUGAACGAAUUGACGCCGGGCCUCGAGUUCGUCGGGGUGACGCAAAGCACCGAUUUCCCAGACGACACGACCCCUUUGAUGGUGGCCGCGCAGCGCGGACACUUCGAGAUGAUCGAUCUCCUCAGGAGAAGGCAUCAUUCCAUACCGAAACCGCAUCCACCGUAUUGUAACUGCGAGGAAGUGUGCAAGUACGAGCGAGAGAGAUCAGACUUGCUGACGAUUGGAAAGAUGAGGAUGUAUACCUACAAAGCGGUCAUUAAUCCAGCAUAUAUCUGUCAGACCGUCGAUGACCCGAUUCUAGAGGCUUUUAAUUUAGCGUACGAACUGAAACAAGCAGCCUCCUUCGACAAGGAAUUUUAUCACGAGUACAAACGUCUCUCAGAGACCGCGGCACAAUUCGCGACCGAUCUCAUCGGAUGCGCCAGAAGCGUGGAGGAGGUGGAGGUGAUUUUGAAACAAUCAACUGGUUUCGCUCAUUCGUCCAAGUUUUUGUAUCCAAGGUUGUUGUUCGCAUUGAGGAUUAAGCAGAGGACCUUUGUCGCUCAUCCUAACGUUCAACAGGUAAUUACCAGCAAUUGGAUCGACGGAUGGUACGAAUGGAAGAUCAUGCCAAUGUGGAUGAAAUGUCUAUACGUGAUAUUCCGUAUCUUCCAGCUACCCAUCAUUCUACUGAUAGUUAUGGUCGCCCCUAAUUCGAAAAGAUCAAAAUUCUGGCAGUCACCGGUGAACAAAUUUAUCUCGUCAACAGCUAGCUACUUGGUAUUCCUGUUAUUCGUGUUCCUGCAAUCGAACAUGGAUAAAAGCGAACAACUUCGAGGACCUCCUAACUCCGCGUACGUAUGGAUUCUGAUAAUCUACAUCGUAUCGUACACUUGGGCAGCAAUUCGUCUAUGCGUGAUACAUGGACCAGGGAGAUUCUUUACAGCCCCUUGGUAUUGGUUCGAGAUAAUAACGAUAUUCCUUUUCAUCAUGACGUUCAUGUAUUGGAUAACAGCCGCUCUGGACGUGAGAAUAAACGGGCAGCUGGAAUUGGAGAGGAAAUAUUGGCACAAAUACGAUCCCACGCUUAUUGCCGAAGGAAUUUUCUGUUUGGCGACGAUAAUGUCUUUCCUGAAACUAUUGCAUAUCUGUCAGUUAGACUAUAAUCUAGGUCCUCUUCAAUUGUCUCUUGGAAAAAUGUUUAAGGAUGUUGGAAAAUUCAUCAUACUUUUCAGUAUUAUUAUUCUAGCCUUCACUUCUGGUACUUGCAGACUGUAUCAAUACUACGACGAGAUGGUACAAACAGACGACGAAUCGAAAAUCAAGACCCAACAGGUCAGUUCGUUCGUUAGUUUCACAGCAGCCCUGAAGACCCUUUUCUGGGCUCUUUUUUGCAUGACCCCCAUCGAGAGUGCUGACGUGAUCAUUGAGAACCUCCCUGGUGAUGCAGAAAACGAGACAAUUAUCAAUCAUCAUACGUUCACAGAAGUCAUAGGCUACUUCUCUUUUGCUGUGUUCACCUUUAUUUCUGUGAUACUGAUUCUAAACAUGCUAAUCGCCUGCAUGUCCAACACCUUGACAAAAGUGACAGAAAAUGUGAUCGUGGAAUGGACAUUUGGCCGAACCGAGGCUUACGUGGAUUAUAUGCUUACGACGACACUUCCGCCUCCGUUCAACAUUAUUCCAACAUACGUCGGUAUACAACCGGUGAUCGAAUACGUGAAAAUAUUGUUGCAUCCGCCGGAGGACAGACGGGCACGAUGGGACAUAAAUCACUGUUGUUUCAUUGAAACUCUUGAGAAGGACUCGAACAACAACUUCGACAUGGUGAUGGCGCAACUGGUACAACGUUAUUUCCGGCGAAAGGAUAAAGAGGAAGCUGAGAACGAAAUAGAAAGAUUGACGAAGGAGAUCGUCGAAUUAAGAAGCCUUCUGAGAGAUGCUCUAACCACUGAUUGAAAAAAAACAAUCCUAAUGAGAAAUUCAUUUUGAUACCCUUUCACAAAAGAAUGCCUCGAGGAGGCUGCCCGAGUUGUUGUAAUUAGUUUCAUGAAAGAGAAAUAACAGAGGUCCCUUUUUAAAUCGUGAAUUCAAUUUGGAAGAAGGAAAUAAGAUCAUUCGGAGAGAGCAAAUGAUGCGUCAAAGAGACAAAUGGAUGGUCCAAUGUAAUGAGUGUUCUUUAAACAGACGGGAAAUGAAUUUCUUCUGGCUUUAUUAUUCCCUCGGACAGUUUAAAACGUUACUAAGCUUUAUGGAAAACUAAAAGCGUCUGAUAAUACUUUUUUAUCAUGCUAGAAUCUGAAUCGUAAAAGAAAUUAAAUUGUUGGGAAAUGUUGUUCGAGGAAGCACUUCAAAGAAAAAUUGAAAUUAUUAAACCACUUUAUAUAAUGACAUUAAAAAAUUCUCAAUCAUGAUGGUAUUAUAAUUUUAAAUAUUUAAAAUGCAAUUAUUCAACGCGUUAAUAUUACAUUAAUUUUACGCGAUUGCAAGUGAAAUGUUGAAAUUGGAAAAUGAAACAGCCGUUUAAUUACAAUUAUAACACGUCUUCUCACCGCAGUAUUUAACGUAUUAACAGAUGUUUUAAUUAUUCCAUGAAACAUUGUUGCAGCUGAAUUUCAAUUUUGCAUAAUUGUAUCAUAAUUGGGAGGGCAAGAAUUAAGAAUAAAUUUGUUUAAUAUGUACAUAAUUAUAUAAUAAUACCAGAAAAGGUGAAUAAUAUCCAUAAUUUAAAUGAAAUAAAAAUUUCAAACAUCAAUUCCAUUGGAUCUAUAUUCACGUUCACGUCAUGGAAUUAACGUAAUCGCAUAGAACCUCAUUCGCAUGUGUUAAGGGAAUAUCUCCUGUUAAUUGUUAAUUACACGACAGAGAGCUUGUAAUUAACCACGAAAUUAUGUAGGAAUUUUCAUUAGCCUUUGCUUAGUACAAUAAGGCACGGUCUAUGAGAAUAACGAAAUUUUCGGAAAAGUUAGAAGGGAAUUAAUAUUCGAAAUAACGUUCUAACUAUACUUCACAAUUUCUGUAACAUUUUUAUUCAUUAUAAGUCCUAUGUAAUACAAUUUUCACCUUUCCUCUUCAAGAUCCACUUUUAUCCAUUUAUAUGAAAGAACUGAAAGGAACUUAAUUCAGUCUUCAUAACAGGAAGCUCGUUUUCUAUGGCGACUUAUGGAUGAAAGAAACCAACCCUAUAGUAGACAACCGUAUUUAUUAUGGGAAAGAGGCAGACGUAAGAAUUCUCGUAAAUAACAGGGUUAACAACCCCUCAGAACCUUGGAACAUCUUCAGUAUCUCACCACGACUUUUCUCUUGCUAUUCCGAAAAAGAAGACCCGAGAGCUUCUUGUUUUUUAUUUCUCUUUUAUUAAAGCGAAGAGCAGAGGUGAAAGUAACGUCGUAUAUAAUUCUAAAACGCUAAAUUUAUCCGUCGACUUUAUUUAAUUUUAUACUACUUGCCAAAUUUUCCCAAAGAAACAAAGGAAGUCUCGGCUGGCAAAGUUUUCGAGUUCAGUGAAUUCUCUUUUUCCGCGUCUGCUUUGAGUACCAAUUAAACGUUCCACUUUCAACUGUUAACGUUGAAAGUGCUUUCAGCGGAUGAAAGUCAAUAUGAAAACAAGAAGAGCGUUAACUGCGAUACCGUGUAAUCGACUGGGAAAACACGAUCGAAUCAUAAUUAAUCUCGAUACAAAAAGCAGAAGCUUGUAAGUUGGAACAAGACGAGUGGAGGGUUGGGGGAGGAAAUUGUAUUGCAGGAAGCGAACAGAAGGGUAAACUCGAUUCUACGAUGAAUCGAUACUAGAACAGAAGUGAGCAGUCUCGAGUGCCUUAAAUUGCCAUGGCGUCAGUUUUUUUUUUUUUUUCUCCUCUCCCUUCCUUUAUCCCGUCCCGUCGGUGGUAUCAACAUUUAAACAACGAAAUUACUCGGCCUGGAAAUCGAUAACCGAUCGAAUUCUGAGACAAUUUCGUGUCCUCGUUAAGCGUCGUAAUUUGAACCGAGUAAAGUGGCAAUAUACCCUGUCUGGCAGUGACUCGACUCGUUUAUUGCCUCUUCAACUAAACUUUCAUCGAUCAUAAUUCUUUCUCUAUUUGUAAAUUAAAUUGGAACUUGGUUUUGAAAAAUGGCUUGAAUAUGGAAUAAUAAAAAUAAUAAAAGUAGGAGUGAUCGAGGAGAUAGCUUGGAGAGAUGAAAAAUUGAUUGGAAUAAAAUUUUUCCAAUUAAAGUGUAGAGGUAGUAAAAGAGAUUUAUAUUUUAUUGGAAAUUUUACUUUUUUUUAGUUAUUACAGUGAUCCAUCAUCCGGGAUUUAAUGAUUUAUUAACUACCAGAAGAGAGGGUGUGGGAUACCAAUUUUAUUUUUAAAUGAGCAGUCAUAAAUAGACAAAUUAAACAAAGAACUUUCUCUUUACACAAGCUUAUUUUCUCGUCUCGAUUGGCAUCGUUGCUUUGUCUAUUCCAAUCAGAGAAUCUGGUGGAAUAAAGCACGAUCGAAGAAUUUCUUCUUCGGUGCAGCCUCUCGGACACCCUUAGCUUCCACCCCUUGAAUCCUAAUCCUGGCUCCGCAAUUCUGAAGCCGCUCGAUGAUAUUCGACCCCAGAGAGAUUUGCUCCUUUCGGGAUGACUACAUUCAUAAAAGGGAGUGACAUGAUCGCUUGACAAGCGAAA